UUUCUUUAUCUUCUUGCCUUCUUGCGUUUCACCAUCGCCUCGAUGUUCUGAAGUCUUUCGCUUGCCCACUGUCUGAAUAUCAGUGCAAUCAGGGGAGGCAUUUGAAACUCCUCCUUCCUGUUUGGCAUGCUGCUCUUUGAUACGUCGCAGCUUGAUGCUAUGGUUUUUAAGUCAUGUGCACGACAUCGCGGUGCGGCAUGGAACUUACGCGAGCGAGCCCUUGGUAUGUGGUGGCCCCCAUUUUUCAGCGAUGUCGACAAAGACAUGGGAUGGUACGGAGGGUGACGUUCGAGCGAUGAUCUCCAGCAAGAACCUGUAUUUAAGGCUGUCGUCCCACGUCGUGCAGCUGGACGGAGCCAUUCUGACCGAUGGUGAAUGCAAUGAGGACACCUUUCGGCGACUGGAUUGUAGAGCAGCAGGCUUGUCUGAUGCGCGAUGGUGCUGUUUGGCAAGAGGACGAAGGUUACAGGAGAGUGCACAUCAAUAUAAAUACUGCUGCUCAGCGUUCGAACUUGCGAGGAAUGCAAAGAGAAAGUGAGCCAGAUCUGAAGCUAAACUCAAAUCUCCUUUGGAUUCUUGCUCGCUCGGAGCUCCGGCCUAGUUUUAGAUCAAAUACAGGUCUUAUAGAACUCGAUAUUCUCACCAGCUUGGGGACCGGCACACAAAUCAGCUACAUGCUCGGUAACCUUAUAUAACGUCGCUGUCCUUCCCUUUCACCGUGUCAUCAUCGCUCGGGCUAACACUCCUAGGCACUUUGGAAUCUUCCUUCUCGAGCGUGUGCCGGUGAUUAAAUGUAGCAGAUGGCACGAGCUCAAAUGUGAUGAUAAAAUUAAGACAUAGGCGAACAUACAUCUCUUCAGAAAUGAUGGAUCAUCACAGGCGGUGAAGGUUUGCAUGAGCUGUAGACCUUAUACUGAGUUCGUAUCCACCAUGAUAGCAUGGUUAUGGUUCCAAUGCCUGGACCUUCGAAC